AUGGAUGGAUGGGAGCUAAGCGUGUACGUGUGCGUGCGAGAGCCGGCGACCCUCCCCCGCGCCGCCCCCGCCCGCUCGCCGACGUCGUCCGAGCGAGUGGCGCGCGUUUACACAAUCCGUUGGCUUGGCGCGGGCAAUGCUUGUGUCGCGUCGCGCCCUUCUUGUGACGACAAUCGACGCGAGAACACGUACAGUCACUGGUUUUUUUUUUCCGAUAAUUCCGAAUCAUACGGUCUUCACGCG